AUGUCAGGAAACUCGUCGAGGAUAAAUACGCUGGGCACGGACUCUGAGAAAGACAUCAUCGACAUGAUACUCGGUCCAAAUGCCAACUACGACAACAGGCUGCGACCCACGGGGGAGAACGGAACUGGAGAUCCUGUCAUAGUCACCGUGAACAUUCUCGUGCGCAGCAUAAGCAAGAUAGAUGACGUCAACAUGGAGUACAGUUGCCAAAUUACGUUCCGUGAACAGUGGAAAGACGUGCGUCUGUCCUACAAUAGCACCUUCUUCCAGUGGAUCAAUCUGCCCGACCCGCAGCAGAUCUGGAGACCAGAUUUGUUCUUCUACAACGAGAAGCAGGGUCACUUCCACAACAUCGUCAUGCCGAAUGUGCUGUUACGGCUCUACCCGGAUGGUCGGAUUCUUUACAGUGUCAGGUUAUCGUUGGUUUUGUCCUGCCCGAUGGCGCUGCAAUAUUAUCCGCUAGACAAGCAGUACUGUGAUAUAGAAAUGGGGAGUUAUGGCUACACGACAGAUGACAUCAUAUUCUUGUGGAAACAGAACGACCCCAUUCAAAAAAAGUCGGGACUGGAGCUACCGAGUUUCACAUUGGGAGAUGAGAUAACCACCACAUACUGCACGAGCAAUACGAAUACAGGUGCAUACAGCUGCAUAAAAGGAACGCUGGAACUGACACGACAGUUCAGUUACUACUUAUUACAGCUCUACAUACCUAGCUAUAUGUUAGUCAUUGUUUCCUGGGUCUCCUUCUGGCUUGACAAGGAGGCGGUGCCAGCGCGUGUCUCUCUAGGUGUGACAACGCUGCUGACGAUGGCACGCAGGCGUCUGGCAUCAAACUCAAAGCUUGCGCCGGCCUGUCUUUUACACGAAGCGAUCGAUCACGUUGGAUUGGCGUCAUGUCUGACAUUCAUUUUCGGCGCGCUUGCUCAGUUCGCUCUCGUUAACUACGCGGCGAGGCCGCGACAGCCCCAGAAGUCGUUCUUCAACAACGACUCGACGUUCGGCAAGCACCAGGAAGCCGGCUACGACAGCAGCGACCUGCACAUCGACCCGGCGGCGCGGUUACGCAACAUGCACGGCGAGUUCCCGCGCUGCUGCAGCUCCUUCCUCUCCCGCUACCAGGACAGAUCGAAGCGCAUCGACGUCAUGUCGCGCAUCAUGUUUCCGACGGGCUUCUGCCUCUUCAACAUCGCCUACUGGGCCGGCUACCUGUUACCUUACAAGGGACCGCCGCUACCCGGCAAGUGA